AUGGCAUUUAUAGUCUACAGUCUGGCUCUAGUCAUGUAUGAAAAUAUUUUAUCGUCAAUUUCAGUGGUGUUUGUUGUUGAGAAAAAAUCGAGUUUGGAUGUUGAUUGUUUUGAAUGUAAGCUUGAAUGUCAAAAUGAGUUUUGGGUUGAUGAUGGUGUUCCUAAAAUGAAGCAUCCAGAUGUUGUGAAGCAAAAGGUUUGCCAAAUGAUCUAUCAGAUUUUGUGUUCUGCCAGUACUCUUUCUGGGGUCACUUGGAAAGUGACCUCUUUCUGGGGUCACUUGGAUGACUUCAUUACUGUUCCGCCAGAGAUCAAUCCAGACACUAAUAAUGGCAAAAAGGACACCAAAUGUAUCAAGUUUAACCAUGAAAGGGAUUUCAAAGUGUAUAUGUCAAAAGAGUUCAUUGAGCAUGACCAGGAAGGAGCAUUAUCUGUCGAGGUCUGGGUACAUAAAGUUGUUGGAUUUGGUCAACAGAACUCCCUGAGAGAGAAUGCGGUUACAUCCAACUCUCUUGUUGACAGGUAUAAUGAGAUCACAUUGUGA